AUGCACGGCUACAGCUCGUCCGAGGAGUCGGAGGACCCCCGCCGGCCGCGGGUUCAGCCCGCCAACAAUGGCAACAACCAGGACCAGAAGAAGAAGCGGAAGCGCCGUGUUCCGCCGCAACAGUCCAUCAACCGAAUCUGGAAAAGAUUCUCCAACCGCAAAUUCCACAAGGCACUUUCCGUGCUGCCCUUCGACCCCGUCACCCCAAAUCCAGCAAGCGCCAACAGGCCCAACGAGCUACUGAGCGAGGGCUAUGAGCGAGCAGCCGAGGAAUGUCGCCGGAAGGUUCAGAAAAUCGUCAGGGAAUGCAAGCGGGUCAACAUGAGAUAUCGCGACCCCGGCUGGGAUUUGGAUUGGGAUCUCAAGUACCAGAAGGGCAACUGCCUCAACAGCCUCGGCAGCAGCAAGUUUGAACUCACCAAGUCCACGCUGUUGGGAUCCAGCGACUCUGUUCCCAAGGCUGUCAAGAGGGUCCACGAGAUCUUCGAGAAGCCCACCUUCAUGAGAGAUCUGAAUGGCGCCGACGUCAAGCAGGGUGGCCUUGGCGACUGCUGGAUCAUGGCUGGCAUGACUGCCAUGGCUAAUGUCGAGGAAGGCGUCAAGCGGACAUGUGUUGCUUAUGAUACAAAGAUUGGCAUUUAUGGCUUCGUCUUUUAUCGAGACGGAGAGUGGGUCUACUCCAUCAUCGACGACAAGCUCUAUCUGAAGUCUCCUUGCUGGGAUUGCCCCAGCCUGCAGCGCGAUUUGCUUCAGCAGAUCGACCGCGAAGACGUCGAGGCGGUGUAUCGGAAGACAUACCAGACGGGAUCCAAGGCCCUCUUCUUCGGUCAAUGCAAGGACCAGAACGAAACCUGGGUGCCUCUGCUCGAGAAGGCUUAUGCUAAGGCUCAUGGCGACUAUGGAUCGCUGUCUGGCGGCUGGAUUGGUGAAGGGCUUGAAGACCUCUCGGGCGGCGUUACAACCGAGCUUCUCUCGUCCGACAUUCUCGACACCGACGAAUUCUGGGACAACGAAAUGUCCAAGGUCAACCAAGAGUUUCUUUUUGGCUGCUCAACUGGCCUUCUCGAGCACGGGUACGGCCAGCGCGACGGCAUUUGUGAGGCACAUGCCUACAUCGUGUUGGAAGCCCGCACGCUCAAGUCAGGCCAGCGCCUUGUCAAGCUGCGCAACCCGUGGGGCAAGGUCCGCAAGGGACUCUGGCAAGGUGCCUGGAGCGACGGAUCCAAGGAGUGGACAACCGAUGUUCAGGCUGAGCUCGGCCACACAUUUGGCAGCGACUCCGUCUUCUGGAUCUCGUACGAGGAUCUCAUUGCCAAGUACACUCACUUCGACCGCACACGGCUGUUUCGCGAUCCCGACUGGCGGUCCUCCCAAAAGUGGAUUGGGGUCGACGUUCCGUGGAAGGCCGAGUACCAUGAAAAGUUUCACAUCUCGCUGACCAAGGACUCCCCGCUCGUCCUGGUCAUGUCGCAACUGGACAACCGCUACUGGAAAGGGCUCCAAGGCCAAUACACCUUUCGUCUGCAUUUCCGCCUUCACUACCAGGACAGGCUGGGGGCGGAAGACUACAUCGUUCGUUCGCAUGGCAACUACUUCAUGAAGCGCUCCGUCUCCGUUGAGCUUCCGGACAUGCCGGCUGGCAACUAUGUGGUGUACCUCAAGGUGACGGGCGAGCGGGACGGCGAUGCGCCCUCAGUCGAGCAAGUCGUCAAGCGGGAGCUGAAGGAGCGUGUGGAGCAUCCGAAGUUGGAACAGGUCGGAUAUGCGUAUGAUCUCGCUCACAGCAAGGCGUGGGAUCACAUGGAGAAGGUCGCUGCCCUGCGGAAGAAGCGAGAUCAGCAGAAGGCAUCCGGCCUGCGUCAGCAGGAGCGACGCCAUGCCUGGGAGAAGCGUCGCCUCCAGCGCAACGUCAACAAGCAGCAAGCCAAGAAGAACGGCGAGAAGAAGCAGCGAGCGCAAGAUGCCCGGGAAGAGAGGAAGAGGCAGAGGGAACGCGAAGACGAGGACAGCAAGAAGGCAGAGGAGAUCCGUCAGGCCGCGGAACGUCUCAGCUUGGCAGAAGCAGAGCCCGCCAAGAGGGGGCAAACAGACGCCAACGAGACCAAGGACGACAGCGCUGCCGCCUCGGACUCAAGCGGCUCGCCUGUGGAGACUCCAAAGAGCGAGGGCUCCGUCGUCGUCGUUUCGUCCGACAAGAAGCAAGACGUGCCACCAAUCAGCGGUCCGCCGCCGCCGGCGCGGACAGAGUCCGAUAAGGCCAAGCCUGAGCCGGUGAAGCGCGAAGUCAAAGACGACUCUGACGGAAACUCGUCCGACUCUCCGGUUGAGGACUGGGAGGAGCUUUACAGCAGCGACGACUUCAUCCGCAAGCCUCGCACGCAGCCAGUGGGGAUCCCUCCGCCUCGAGACGAGUACGACACCGAGGAGGAGAAGAUGCCAGACCCGUGGAACGCGGUGUGCAUUGUCGGAUUCCGCGUCUACUCCAAGGACGCCGAUCUGCAACUCCGAACUGUCAUGGAGGGCGGCGAGCUGCUCGAGGACGGCAUGGGCGAGAAGGGCGAGAAGGACCUCGACGAUGCCCAAGCCAACGCAGCAGGUAUUCGUCGCGAUGCGGACGACAUGGAGGCCCGGGGAAGCACUGCCACGGUCCUGGCAGCCCGAUAG